AUGAAUAAAACAAAUUGCUUUCCUAAAAUCCAAAAAGCCUAAUCAACAGUAAGGAAUUUUGAAUUAAAAUAGGCAAAACUUUUAAUAAAGACAGAUUGGGAUCAGAGCAUUAAUUCCAGUAUUCCUCUCUCAAUUAGAGCAGAAAUGUCAUCGCACCGAAUGAAAACCGAUUUCACCAAUAAAAACUUUUCAUCGAACUCUGAUGUUUCCUAUCUCAAAACAAAACAUAAAAAAAUUCAAUCAAUUGAAAGCAUAAUCUACAAAGAUCCAGAACUCUCCUAAACAAAAUACGAUAAAUCUUUACACAGCUUCUAUAGUACGAUGUAUAGAAAAUCAUAAAACAAAUUACAGUUCAAUAAUAAAAUUGAUAAAACUACUAUCAAGAGCUAAUGGUUAGACUUUGAAGACUUGUUAAAGGAUAAGAAUUUCAUGGAGAAUGGGUUGUAAAAAUACUUCUAUGAUAUUCUAAAACAUGAAAUCAAGCAAUCCUCAAAUCAAUCAGCCAUCCCUCCCAACAGACAACAAGCCUUAGAUUUGAAGGAAUGGCUGUUCCUCAUGAUUUAAAGAACAAAAGACAAUAGCAAAAACUUGAGUGCAGUUUAGAUUGCUGAGGAAAUCCAACUAAUUUAUACUACAUGUUUGAAAGAAAUCAUUAAUUAAGUUAAAAUUGAAUGUGUAGAAAGAGGUGAAUUACUCUAAAUUAUAUGGGACUUCUACAUCCAAUUGAUUGAUUAAGUUAUUAAAAGUUCAAAUUAAUAAAUGCAAGGUUUUGAAUAAGAAAUGAAAAAUAAAGUGACUGAGUAACAAAAUUAUUACAAUGAACAACUUUAAUUUUAGGAACUCAUUUAUAAUGAAAGCAAGAACCAAAUCAAAUAACUAUAAUUCGAUUAUGAUAGGGCUUUAGAUAUUGAUUAAUAGCAAAAAGAGUAGAUAUUGGAAUUAACUUCGGAAUACAGAGAAGCACUUGAAAUUAUUGAUUCACACAGAAAACAAAUAGAUGAUUUGCAAUUAUAAAUUCUUAUGUUGAAAACUGAAUAGGCUGAGACCAAAAAAGAAAGCGAGAAAAUAAAUAUCUAAGUUCAAUAGGGCCAAUCCAUAGUUUCGCAUUUAAUGAAUUUUUAAGCUAAAAUAGACACUAAUCAAAAGUAUAGAAUCAAAUCUCCCUUUAAAUCUAAAGGAAGCUAAUCUCCUGGCAGAUCACCCAAGAAAAAUAGCAUGAUCUUUGAUAGAUGGGAGUAACUUAGGCUAUAAGAAAAUUAAUUGAAAUCAUAGAUCAUAUCACUUAAAUACUUAGAUUUCGAUAAAGAUUAUCAGCCCUCCCAAAGCAAAAUAGUGUAAAUAAGUGGCACAGAUGAUAAGGCUAUUCAGACUGAAGAUCUAGUUUUGGAUUCCUAAGAUAACACAAAAAAAAAAGAAAAAGAUUUACAAAAUGACUCAAAUAUUUCAAUUGAUGAGAAUAGAAAACCUCAAUAAGACGAUUUAGAAUUAAGAAUAACCAAGGUUUUUAAACUGCUGGAGGAAUAAAAAUUAGAUGAGAAUUAAAAAUAAUUAUUUUACAAAACUUUAAGUGAAACUAAGGAUGUAUGUGAAUAAAAUAAAUCAUUAUCAUAGAGAUUGAUUUCUAUGAAAAAGAUGGAUUCAAGGAAAAAGAUGGAAUUAUUGGAAAAAGAGGAACUAUGUUAAGAGUUGGAGAUUAAACUAUAAUAAACUGUAUAAGAUUUUAUUUCAAUAAUCUAAAAUAGCAAAAGGAAAUUACGUAAUUUGGUUUCAAAAAAUACUUAAUUGGUUGGGACUUUAAAAGAAAUAGAAAGCAAGUAUGAGAUAGUAAUUAAUGAUGUGAAACCAAUAGAGGAGGAGGAAAGCCAUCUUAUGAAUUUAAUUAAUGAAGUAGAUGGAGAUGAGAAUGCUUUCAGUCUUGGCAAAGAAUCUUAAAACUAGAAUGAUGACAAAUCUCUAUAAAUUUAUGAUGAGGAAUCUAUCAAAAGUUCAGUUCAUAUGAUAGAUUCGAUUCAACUUUAAAAACGACCAAUUUAAGACUUUAAGAAAGCUAUAUCAGAUACUAAUUUAAAUGACAAACUGGAAUAAUUUGAGAAUAGUUCUAAUAAUUAAAUUAAUUCAAAAGAAGAAGUAUAAGAUCAUAAGAAUAAGGGACAUCGUAAAAAAUAAUCAGAAUAUGUGAAUAUUAAAAAUGAAGAGAUUUACAAAGAUACUAAAGAAUAAAUAUAAUCUGAAAAUUCAAAGUCAGAUUAUCUGAUUAAUUUUAAUUAAAAGAAUCAAUUAUCAGAAGAAAACAAGACAUUGAAAUCCUCUACUGUAAACAAAACUUAAAUAAAUAAUCAAAAAAUAAAGUCUAUUUAACAACAUUAAUAAUAGUAAGGAGAUCAAAAAUUUAUUAAUCAAUAACAAUAUCAUACUAGAAAUAGUAAGAAUUAAUUAGACAUUAAGUUUGAAAACAGAAAUUCAAAACAUAGCAUCAGUAAUAAUACCAUAACAGAAAAAGAUGAAGUUUCUCAAAUGAAACAAAGUCAAAGAAGCUAAAUCGAAUCAGAGAAAAUGGAAUUAGAUUAAGAUAAAAAUUGCGCUUAGAGAAUUAAAGAUGUCAUAUCACAAUAUAAAGAUAAAUAAUUAACUAAAUAUUCCUCUGCUCAUAAAACUAUCAAUUUUAAUCUACUUUAGGAAACUAAACAACCAAAAAGAUUUAGAAGAGUUUAUAGUUAAAAUACUGAUGUAGCUAAUAAUUUACUUAAACAUGUUAUGAAUAGUAAAAAUAUAAAUAAGACUUUAUCGUUUCUUUAAUUCAACAAAAUAAUUAAUUAAAUACUAUCUGAAGUUUCUAAAUAGAGUGAAGGAUAUAAAAUCCCAGUUCAUGUAUGUAUUUAUGAUUUUAUAAAAAAUAAAUAUGGAUUUAAAUAAGUGGCUGAAAAAAAAAUAAAAUAAAUUUAUGAAUUUAUCAUAAUUGAGAAAGAAAAAAAUACAAAAGUUUUGUUAAUUUCAAAAUAUUGUAAUUUUAAAGAUGAAAUUGAUGAAGUUGCUCAAAAACUUUUAAUAGAAACUUUUGUGUUUUUUAAUAAUAAGAUAGAAUCCAGUAAAAAUGAAUUUUUAAUAACAUAUGAAUCAGCAAAUGAAUUUUUAAAUGAUAAAUCUUAACUCUGGUUAUAAGCAAAUUAAAUCUAGCAGUUACAAAAUCAGUAUAAGGUCUAAAGUUAGCAAUUUGGAAUCAACAAAUAUUGCAUUAAUUAUGAUUAAUUUAUAAUGAAGAUCUUAGAUUUCUAUAUCUUUAAUAAAAAGGACUAUUAAAAUAUAUUGGAAAAAUUAUUUAAAGCUGCCGAUCUAGAUGGGAAUAAACUCAUUGAGUAUUAGGAAUUUAAAACCCUUUAUAGAGCAAUCCACACUUAAUAAGAAGAGGGGCAAAACUUAUUAUAGAUGUUUUUAAAAAAUGCAGACUUUGCUGAUGAUUAAGGGGACAAGUAUCUAACCUUGCCUAGAUUUACUGAGAUGGCAAUUGAAUUAGCCAUAUUUCCAAAAGAUUCAGUCAUAAAAUAUGGGGAAGGAUGUGAGAAGAUAAAAGAUCAUUGGAAAAAUGAAAAAAACUCAAUAAAGCUUAGGUUUUUAGAAGCUAAAUAAUAUUCAAAAGUCAAGCAUACAUUUGAGGAGUUGGACAAUUUGAUUAAUAAUGAUAAAAAAGAAAUUUAACAUGUAUUAUGGGUGAGUUAUAAACUUCUUAAUGAAUAAUCUUUGAGAGUCUAUCUUAAAUAUUAGACUAAAUAGUGUCUUUCUGAAUUGCUGCCUUAGGAAAUUCUAUAAAUUCAAUAGCAAUAUAAAUAAUUAGAUUCAAUUGAGUGA